AUGGCAUCCAAUGACGAAUUAGACAUGUCGAUGGAGGUCGAACCCUCGCGAUGCGCAUUUCUGUACCAGCCCUCUGUCGCCACCAUUGACAUUGACAAGCGCGGUGAUCUGAUCUUGCUUGUCGGCAAGCACAAGUGCAAGAUCAAGGCCAAUGGAGAUCAUCAACACACGGAAGCAAUGGCCUUUCGCGUUUGCUCUAGGUCUCUGGCACGGUCGUCUCCAGUCAUGGAGGCAAUGCUUUUUGGCAAUUUCCGCGAGGCUACCCAGACAACUAUCGAACUCACUGAAGAUGAUCCCAAGGCCAUGCAGAUGCUGCUCCAUCGUGCACAUGGGAGUCUCAAAGAAAUCUAUGCGGACAUUGACAAAGAACGUCGCGAAGACUGUCCUGAGGGCAAAUUUGUGGAUGAUGUGUACUCAUUGGUCGUUCUUGCGAAUAAAUACCUAAUGACACAACAUUUCCGACCAUUCAUGGCACAAUGGUGUAAUUUGCUGAUGUCCUGGGAGGCAGAAGAGGAAUCCAGGGACACAUCCAUUUUUUAUGAGCGGCUUGAGAAGUCGAUGUGGAUUGCUAGCGAAUUCGGCCAUCUGGAACUGUACCAGACUAUGUUCCGUUACUUGACCUGGCAUCUUGAGCCCAACCAUCACCUAUUUCGCCAUGUUCUUGAGCCCGACGGCGUUGCAGACCACAUUCGCCUCGGUCGGUUGAACGACAUAAACAGCAUCUUAACGCCAACUCGCAAUGCGAUCAAUGCUCUAAUGAACGAUGCUGAUCCCACUGGUCUGUAUCUUUGCAAUCAGCCUGUGAGAGAGGAUCGACUAAAUUGCCAGGCGCACACAUUGGGCCACAUGAUUCGAAACUUGACCGUGAAUUUCCUAUGGCCGCUGCCCAAUGCAGAAGAUAUCACCGAGACGGCUCAGGAGCUCGUUGUAGACUUUCAAAACACGCUAUGGCAAGAUCACACAUCUCUUCAUGAGAAUUGCACCACAAAAACUGCAAUAGGGACCCAAACAGACAACACUCUGGAGAGGAGUGGAGAGUACGACUCUAUACCAUUGGCAAUACUUCAGUCCAUGUAUUCAACAGCCGAGGGUCUCAAUGCAUUCGAAUUUGAAAGCAUGUUUUCGAAUGCAAUGGCCAAUGUGGUUCACGAUGAUGAGGCCCUGUAG